UGUUCAAGUUUACGAAUUGAUAACGAAAGAAGGAAGUAUGUAAUACUAAACAGUGGUUAUAUUGAUAGAGAAUAAAGUUUCACUCACAAUAUGACUAACGUUGACGCAGAGUUUAUCAAAGAUUUGGAGACAUGCCUAGAAGUAGCAGAUCAAUUAUCUAAAUUAGACACAGAUGAAGCCAGACUGUUCGUUUCUGAGCAACUACAAAAUUUGCACACAUUUCUACAAAGGAAACAAAAGGAUGCUGAAGAUAAAAUUGGAGAGGAAAUUAAAAAAGAAGAAAUUGAAAUUGCACAGCUGAAGAAAAGGAUAGAGCGAGCAACAACAAGUGAUGGUGCAAGUGAGAGUGAUGUAGCGUACACAGAUUUAAAUACGUUGUGGUCUGAUCUUAAAGAAAAUUACUGGCACCGUGUGUUUAAUGCUUUCAUUCGCGAGACGAGCCUAAGUGUGAAAGAAAUAUUAGAUAUUUUAAUUAAUAUCCUCAAGGUAUGUUUUACCAAAUGUAAGGACAGGGCAUUAAGAAACAGAACAGAUAUGAAGUUUCAAGUUUGUUAUCCCGGAGAAAAAACAUCAAACAAAAACCUAAAGCCAAAGGAGCAAGAUCAGAACCUUGACAGCCUCUGUAGGAUAUGUCAACACAAGUCAACACCUUUUUGCAUAGCUUCCAUACAAGAGGCUGUUGUACCAGAAGUAAAAACAGUGGGGUCAAUCUCCAAACAGUUCAAGUACAAGUCUAAGGACCUUUCUAAAGAAAUUGAGAACUACCUAGAGAAAUGUGUAAAAUUCUGUUGGGUUGCAUGCCUUGAGGAGCCAGAAAUUAUUCUCGUUACGGAACCCAAGAAGGAGUGCAAGAAAAUAGCGAGUGAAUUUAUAAAUCUUGAUUCUACCAUAUACAUGUCGAGACCAAACGCUGCAUAUGUCGAAUGGCCGGCAAUUGUACAAGACAGUAAAGUUCGAGUCCAAUGGCAACUUAAUCUUGCGAAUCAACCACGACCGGAACCAAAAGAUUUACGAGGAGAACAAAGUCUGGACUAUCGUGUUGCAGGUAUAGAAGGUGCGGAUGGGGUAAUAAUGGAUGAUCCCGAUGAUAGGGUCAAUGAUGAUGGUAAAACAACACCAUUUCAAUCAAGUGAUGACACAGAUAAAGUCAAGGACGAGACACACACAAAAAAUGAACAUAACGGCGUGAAGGAAAAGGCAAAAGGGACUGACCAAAAAAAUAAUAAAGCCUCUAAAGGCUACAAAAACCUCGUCCAGGGACAUCCUAAUACCAGAUUUUAGAUAGACUUUCAUUUGAAAGAUAUGUUUUCACCCCUAAAUGCUUAUGACGGUCUGCAAUUUAGAGCUGAACAUUAAUGAAUAAAAGAUUGGGUUUAUUCCUAGUACACUAUGAGAAAAACUAACAAACUAACCUUAAAAUUUCUUUCAUAUAGGAGAAAUCUUUUAUUGGAAAUGUGAACUAACUGUCGUCGGCAAAAUGUUUCGUUAUACAUGUAAUUAAGAGAGAUUCAGAAAUGUCAUUAAUAUAGAUUAAAAAUAAAAGUGAACCAAGGGCUGAGCAUUUGGGGUACUCUUCCGCCUAAGUAUUAAAGAAAAACAUUUUGAGACGUAUUAUAUAGAUAGUUAUUGAACCGUUAGAUCAUUUUUUCUUGAAUUACAUAGUUUUAAUUUGUAUAUAAGACCUUUGUGUUAAACAUGAUCAAACACUUUUAAGAUUGCAAAAUGUAAUAUAUGUGAUUCUUUAUCGAAUAUGUGCAGAAUGUUAACACUAUUGUUUAAAUUUAUCUAUAUUAUAAGUUGUUAAAUGUUGAUUGUACGAAGUUGAAAAUAAUUAUCAUUGUCCUACAAAUAAUAUUUUCAUAUGAAGUUGUUGGUCGUAAAUCACAGAAAAAGGCAAAAUUGAAACUGUUACAUUUUUGGUUUGACUGAGUCUAUUCAUGAACUAAUCUUUUUAUGAAAGAACCAUAGAAACUUUCAUUUGGCCCUGAUUUUUAAUGAUCACCGAAGAGAGAGCAUAAAGUCGCCGCUUUGUUCGUCCGAUCGUCCUCUUUUUUUGUCCGUGUCAUUACUCUGAAGCUGCACAAGGUAUCAACAAGAAACUUUGAAUGGAGAUAUAUCUCAUUGAGUAGAAGUGCAAUGCAAAAGAACCGUAAAUCUGCCUUUCCUAAUUUGCAGUUAUUGCCCUGUGUUCAUUUUUACACAUUGAACACUGUCAGGGACACAACUCUGAAACUACAAGAGAUAUCAACAAGAAACUUUGUAAGAAGGUAACUCGUAUUCUCUUGAUGUGCACUGCAAAAGAACCGUAACUCUGCUUUUUCUACUUUUGGAGUUAUUGCCCUUUGAUCAUAUUUACAUAUUGUAUUUUAUCAACAAGAAACUUUGUGGGUAGAUAUAUCUCAUUGAGUAGAAACGCAGUAAGCUCUGUCAUAUCUAACUUUGGAGUUAUUGCUUUUUCAUAACUCUGUGGUGGCUGAUUUGUGCCAUUCGUGUUUUCGCCCCGCGACCCCGCCAAGCGAAAAGUCGAGAAAUAACAAGUUAAAACGGGGGGGGGGUCGCGGGACAAAAACACGCUAAUAAGCGGGGGUGCGGGGCGAAGUUUAAUUAAUAAAACUUCGCUCCGCGGGGGCGCAGGACGAGAUUUAAAAAAUAAAACGGCUGGGGCGCGAAGCGAAAACACGCUUAUUAGCGCCCCCACUCAUUAGCGUUUUCGCUCCGCGCCCCGCCAUUUUAACUUGUUAAUUAUCGACUUUUCGCUUGGCGGCGUCGCGGGACAAAAACACACUAAUUACCGGGAACGCGCGGCGAAGUUUUAUUUAUUAAACGCUAAUUAGCGUGUUUUUGUCCCGCGACCCCGACGUUUUGUUUCUUAAGUCUUAAGUUUUAUAUAUUAAACUUCGCCCCGCGCCCACGCUAAUUAGCGAGUUUUCGCUCCGCGCCCCCGCCAUUUUAACUUGUUAAUUUCGCUUUUCCCUUGGCGAAAACACGAAUGGCACAAAUCAGCCACCAUAUAACUCUGAAAUUACAUGAGGUAUCAACAAGAAACUACUUCUCUGUCCAAAACCUUUACGGGGAGCCAUCAUCCGGUUCGACCGGCUCUUGCUUAAGUUGUUUAUCGUUUCAACAAAUAUACAGUCUUGAUCAAGGUUUAUAAAACACGAUUCUCUUAUUGUUUACUAUGAAUUUUUAAGUCUGUUGCUUAUUUUUCACAUAUUUAACAUCGUAUUGUUCGUUUCUUAUAUAUCAAUCAUUACUAGAAAACGCUUUAUUGCUUUUUGAAGACUUUAGUAUCAGAAGUAAAAAACAUUCUGCGUGUA